AAAAGAAAAAAGAAAAAGAAAAGAAAAAGCUGUUCUCACCGGUUUCUGCUCCAUCAUUCUUUUCCCCUUGUUUUCUUCAUUUUUCCUACCUCUCUCUUCUCCUCGUCUUUUGUCUUCUAAAUUCGUUCAGAUCAUAUCCAGAUCCGUAAAUAUAUCUCUCUCAUAAUUAUCUGCACUCUCUGUAAUUUUUGUACAAUUUUUUUUGAUCUUGUUGCUGGAUUAAAGAUCAGUUUUAUUCGAUCGAUUUUUUUUAAUCGCAUUUGACUUAACCUUUUUUUUUCUUUUCUAACUUUUAGGAAGAAUUAGGGUUUCAAUUGGAUAUAUUGGUUACAGAUCCAAGAUAUUGAGUAUCAGUUUGAUUAGGGUUUCGAUUUGGAGGCAAAUGCUUAUUUUCUAAGGUGAAUUAAUCUCGAGGAAUUACUGGAUUGCUUAAAGAAGAGGAGGAAGAUUAUUAUUGUGGUUGAGUAUGGAUGAAGAAAUAGGGGGGAGACUUAGUUUAUCUCAAUUUCAUCAAUGACAAGUAGGAAGAGCGAAUUUGGUUGGAAAAGUUUAGCUGGAAGAAGGUCAUAACUAUUAAUUAGAGCGGAUUUUCAUCUCUAAGAUUGAAUUAAGGGGGUAAUUAACUAGAGAAAAAUCAUGGAAAGUGUUAUCGGUGGUAAGUUUAAACUUGGACGAAAGAUUGGAAGUGGAUCUUUUGGCGAGCUUUAUCUAGGUGUUAACAUACAAACUGGGGAGGAGGUUGCUAUUAAGCUGGAAUCUGUAAAGACCAAGCACCCUCAACUCCACUAUGAAUCCAAAUUGUAUAUGCUCCUUCAAGGAGGAACGGGAAUUCCCCACCUAAAGUGGUUUGGAGUUGAGACGGAUUAUAACUGCAUGGUUAUUGACCUUCUCGGGCCAAGCUUGGAAGACUUAUUCAACUACUGCAACCGGAAGUUUACGAUGAAAACAGUUCUUAUGCUUGCUGAUCAAUUAAUUAACAGAGUUGAAUACAUGCACUCAAGGGGUUUUCUUCACCGUGAUAUUAAACCCGACAAUUUCUUGAUGGGUUUAGGGCGUCGAGCAAAUCAGGUAUACAUCAUUGACUACGGCCUUGCAAAAAAGUACAGGGAUCUUCAAACCCAUAAGCACAUACCAUACAGGGAAAAUAAGAAUCUCACCGGAACUGCUCGCUAUGCAAGUGUAAAUACUCAUCUUGGAGUUGAGCAAAGCAGGAGAGAUGAUCUGGAGUCUCUUGGUUACGUGCUGAUGUAUUUUUUAAGAGGAAGCCUUCCCUGGCAGGGAUUAAAAGCUGGAAAUAAGAAACAAAAAUAUGACAAGAUCAGUGAAAAGAAGAUGUUAACUCCCAUAGAGGUGCUCUGCAAGUCGUAUCCUUCAGAGUUCAUAUCAUAUUUCCACUAUUGUCGAUCACUGAGGUUUGAGGAUAAGCCAGAUUACUCGUAUCUGAAGAGGCUUUUCCGUGAUCUAUUUAUUAGAGAAGGUUAUCAGUUUGAUUAUGUCUUUGACUGGACUGUAUUGAAGUACCCCCAGAUUGGCGCAAAUUCUAGAACAGCAAGGGUGCCUAGUGGUAGAGUUGGCACGAAUGCAGGACCUUCUGCUGAAAGAGUAGAAAGACCUACAGUGGGGCAAGAGAUUCGCGAAAGAUUUUCAGGUGCAGUAGAAGCUUUUGCUAGAAGAAACAGUCCAGGUCCCAAUGCACAUGCUGAUCACAAGAACAAGAAUCCAGAGGAUUCCUCAACAUCGAGAGAGGUACUUGAUUCUGAAAAGUUGCGAACUUCAUCUAGGAAUGGCAGUUCUUCAAGGAGAGCAAUUGCAUCAAGCAGCCGGCCUACUUCUUCUGGUGAGCCUAGUGAGAGUCGAACAAGUCGAAUACUCUCAGGCAGCAGCAAUCGCCUUUCAACUGCACAAAGGACGAUUCAACCUGGGCUGGAAUCCAAAUCAACAUCACUCUCUCGCACCGCUGGUUCAAGGGGUAAUCGGGAUGAUCAUCUUCGAAGUUUCGAGCUUCUCUCAAUUGGCACAGAGAGAAGAGGAAGUAAGUAGCGAGAAUCAGGAAUCAUCCAAAUUUGGUAAUAACUUGUUUCCCUUUUAUUAAUUCAAGGGAAAGAUCCCUGUGCUGUUUGUACAAUUAGUUUUCCAAGCAUUUUAAAUACCUCCGAUAUAUGUAUAUUCACAAACUCUUUAAGUUUCCGAUUUUCUUAAAGCCAAAUUUGGAAUCCAUUCGCCCAUCUUCAUUUCUCUUGGAUGAGUAUUUCCUGUAAUCUUUUUUUUUUUGUUUUUGUUUGUGUCUUUGAAAUUCCGUUGUAGUUUUUCUUCCUCCAAGAAGAGGAAGAUCACCAAGAUCACCUCUUUUGGGGAAUCGCUGAAAUGAAGAUGUUUCUUGUUUGA